CUUUAUUAUUUUAUUUAAAAAUCUUUCUUUUCCUUUGGCUUUGUACAUUCUCUUCUUUAUUACCACACAAUAAUAUACCCUUUUGAUUUCUUUUUCAACGAUGGGAAAAGGUCAAGAAUACGUUAUCUACCUCGAGACUGAAGAAGAAGAGCGCCAACAGAUUACUAGAGCAACCCAGCGUCGAUGGCUCUAUGUCCGUCGAUUCAUUCUCUCUCUUGUUGGCGUGGGAUUAGUUAUGCACUGCCUGGCUCUAACCCCAACCCCGACUCAACUGGCGCAGUACUGGCAAUCAUUUGAAACAUCUGAAGCAGCUAUAGCCACAACAGCAGCAACAGCAGCAGCAACAAGAACAAUAAACUCUGACAGUGUGAUGUUUGCAGCUGAGGAGGUACAGCCAAGAACAGUUCUGCACACCGGAUUCCCACCAGUCGAAAAUAUCUCUGGUCAAAAGAUUACCCCUAGCCAAGCUGCCGCAAUCGCAUUCUCUCCUCAUCCCUCGCUCUCUCCCGUAUCAAUCACAAAUACAAGAUUCGCUGCAGACGGAUUCUUCAGAAAGACAACAAUGGACGAAGGAUGGUGGGACCGUAUCUUUCACCGGGGCCAUGUACACCUUACGUCCGUUCAAUUGGCUGUCCGUAGUCCUGAUCUGUCAUCCCUACAAGCCACCGUUAAGAUUUGUACAACCACACACAGCGGUCUUUGGAAGAAUGUACCCGACAGUGUCAACUGUGUAGCCGAGAAAGCUCUCAAGGUUGCUCCAGAAGACCUUGAAGACGAAGAGAGUGCAUUUGGUAUCCUUGAGUGGAUUCCUGAUGAUGUCAUUGUACUCAAGAAACGUCAGCUUUACUGGUUGGUGGUCGAGGCUCAAGUCGAUAACUUUGAUUGGGUUUUUGCUCAGGCCGGAAUCAAUCCCUAUGGCUCUGCAUUGGAAACAGAGGAGGGAUGGCAAUUGCAGUCACAAGAAGAACCAGUCCCAACAACCAUCAUCGUCGUACAAGACCACUCUUAAAAUCACAUGUCCUUAAUUUUUUCUUUUUUUCUUUUUUCUUUCUCGUAAUCCUCUUGUUCAUAACCUCAUUCCUUUUUUAGUAGUAUUUAGUAUGUAUUUAGUAUGUGAUUCUAAAUAAAGUUAUUCCAUAUAUAUCAC